AUGAAGAUCGCAUGUAUUGGUGCUGGCUAUGUGGGCGGCCCAACCAUGGCCAUGGUCGCGCUUCAUUGCCCUGAGAUUGAGGUCGUGGUAGUCGACAUUAAUGAGGAGCGCAUCAAGGCGUGGAACAGCGACAAGCUACCCAUCUACGAACCCGGUCUCCUUGAAGUGGUGAAGGAGUGCCGCGGCCGCAACUUGUUCUUCUCCACCGACACCAAGAAGCACGUUGGCGAGGCUGACAUUGUGUUUGUGAGUGUCAACACCCCUACGAAGACCACUGGUAUCGGCGCCGGCAAGGCUGCUGAUCUGACCUACUGGGAGGGCGCUGCUCGCCUGAUUGCGUCGGUGUCUACCAGCAGCAAGAUCGUUGUGGAGAAGUCCACCGUUCCCGUCAAGACGGCUGAGGCCAUUGGCAAGGUGCUGAAGCGCAACUGCCAGGACCCAAAUGUCCAGUUCGAGAUUCUGUCAAACCCGGAGUUCUUGGCGGAGGGCACCGCCAUCGAGGACCUGCGCCAUCCGGAUCGCGUACUGAUCGGCGGUUCUGACACCGAGAGCGGCAGGAAGGCCAUUGAAAGUCUAGCCUCCGUGUACGCCCACUGGAUUCCACGCGAGCGCAUCCUGACAGCCAAUCUCUGGUCGGCGGAGCUUGCCAAAUUGACAGCCAAUGCCUUCCUGGCACAGCGCAUCUCGUCCAUCAACGCUAUCUCGGCCCUGUGCGAGGCCACCGGUGCUGACGUGCAACAGGUGGCGCAUGCAAUUGGCACGGACAGCCGCAUCGGCCCUAAGUUUCUGAACGCCUCUGUGGGCUUUGGUGGAUCGUGCUUCCAGAAGGAUAUCCUCAACUUGUGCUAUGUGUGCGAGUCCGUAGGCCUUAAGGAGGUAGCUGAGUAUUGGUACCAGGUGGUGUCCAUGAACGACUAUCAGAAGCAACGCUUUGUAGAGCGCGUCAUCAGCGCCAUGUUCAACACAGUCUCCAAGAAGAAGAUUGCCAUCUUUGGGUUUGCCUUCAAGAAGGACACUGGCGACACCCGUGAGACACCUGCCGUCGACGUGUGCAAGGGCCUAAUUCGCGAUGGCGCCAAGGUGUGCGUGUACGACCCGGAGGUGACUGCCGAGCAGAUCUUCCGAGAUCUUUCGGCGCCGAAGUUCGAGUGGGACCGCCCCAACUACAGCCGCUCUGCCAGCCACAUGCUGGAGAAUGUGCAGGUGGUUCAGGAUGCGGACGCUGCAGCAGAGGGGGCGCACGCUAUCUGUGUUCUGACGGAGUGGGACGCUUUCAAGACAUACGACUACCAGGCAAUGUACGACAAGAUGACUAAGCCUGCCUUCAUCUUUGAUGGCCGCAACAUCCUGGACCAUGCCAAGCUCCGCGAGAUUGGUUUCAUCGUGUACGCCCUGGGCAAGCCUCUGGACGCGUUCUUGCAGAAGAACUACGCGUAAGGAUGCUACAAGGAUGCGGGCAUCGGCAGCUGGCAGAUAGGCACUUGAACCUUGAAUGGUUGUGGGAUUGCAAUGCGUUACAGAUAAUGUUUACCGCAGCACGGGCGGGGUCCAUGGAAACGUUGGGGCCUAGCGGCGUGCGCAGGCAAGGGUUAUCGCUCCUGUGCUCAGGAGCCCGUUACUGCUUCGGUGCAAUAGAGCUUUUUGCGCAGGUGUGCUCGUACAGAUACAUCCUACAUCCCAUCAAGGCGUGAAAUUUUGCACCAUAGUAUACCGCUCGACUGAUAACUUACGCUAAUGGCAUUUCGGAUUGGUAUGAGUGUCAAGAGACGUUUUGGCGAGUUCGACUCCUUUAUGUACUGAAACCGAGGACUUGGUGGGAGCUGACAAAGGGACGCAGGGUGUAGUUCAGACCAUGACUUUGUGCAUUUUGCAAGGGUGUGCGCCAAGUAGGUAUGCGUAAUUUUUUAUUAUAUGUCAUUCCUUUGCCUACAUGCUUAUGGCCAUGCAGACCCUGUUUUUGUUAUCAACAUGUCUCAUGGCAGUGAUGGCAACAUUUCUGGCUGCAACCCUUCCUGUAAUUUGCGG